UCUCCCUCGCUCUCGCUUUUAAUCUUGUCUCUAGUGGCGUGUGUAGGGGGGAGGACUUUAUUUCCAUUGGCUAAGCGCUCCCUUCCCACCCACAUCCCUUCCACAUCACCUUGGUGUCUCCCUAAAUAAAACCAGCCCUCCUUAUCGCCUGGAAAAAAUCAGGAGCUAGAGUUUGAAUGGGUUUUAUAUAAACACUCACCCCUUGUCAGCGUGCGGCGGGGCUCUCAGCAUAAACUCCCAGCGUCUGGCCUGAUGCUUGCCUGGCGUUCGCUCCCUUGGAACGUCAAGGUUUAAGCAGAACCGAGGACUGGGGAACUCUUUUCCUGUAAUCUGAUCAACCUGAAGCCAGUUGCAGAACUGCACAGGGUCCCGAUGGACCUCAAGGAGAGCCCCAGCGAGGGCAGCCUGCAACCUUCUAGCAUCCAGAUCUUCGCCAACACCUCCACUCUGCACGGCAUCCGCCACAUCUUCGUGUAUGGGCCACUGACCAUCCGGAGGGUGCUCUGGGCAGUGGCCUUCGUGGGCUCCCUGGGCCUGCUGCUGGUGGAGAGCUCAGAGAGAGUGUCCUACUACUUCUCCUAUCAACAUGUCACCAAGGUGGAUGAGGUGGUGGCCCAAAGCCUGGUCUUCCCGGCUGUAACCCUCUGCAACCUCAAUGGCUUCCGGUUUUCCAGGCUCACCACCAAUGACCUGUACCAUGCUGGGGAGCUGCUGGCCCUGCUCGAUGUCAACCUGCAGAUCCCUGACCCGCAUCUGGCUGACCCCACAGUGCUGGAGGCCCUGCGGCAGAAGGCCAACUUCAAACACUACAAACCCAAGCAGUUCAGCAUGCUGGAGUUUCUGCAUCGCGUGGGCCAUGACCUAAAGGAUAUGAUGCUCUACUGCAAGUUCAAGGGGCAAGAGUGUGGCCACCAAGACUUCACCACAGUGAGUACUUGGUUUUCAGCUCACUCUUGCGUUUGGUCCUCUGGAGGAGUGGUGCGCCGGUGGUCUUCUGAGUAUUUGGGAGUCUCCCUGUGCUUGGGAGCAGGAGAGAGAGCAGAGCUUCAGCCGAAGGCCAAGAGAGUAGUUGGUGAGAGUUGUUGGAGCUGGUUGUAGAAAAGGCUACCUCUGGGGGUAGAGCACUUGGUCAGUUCAGAC